UCUCUGAACCAGCUCCACCUCCAACACCAGCUCCACCGCCCAGGAGGAGGUCCCGCCUUCCUGUCAGCAUUCGACGCCUCCUCAAAAGACCUGUUCCUGAACCUGCCGCUGCUGUGGAGCCACGACGGAGGUCCCGCCUUCCUUUCAGCAUCCGACGCCUCCUCAAAAGACCUGUUCCUGGACCUGCUGCAGCUGUGGAGCCUGAUGAGAAGCCCCUCUCUGAGAUGGAGGACAGCCAGCCGCUGGGAGAGAGUCUCAGUUCCUCGGACAGCUCCAUCAGCACCAUUGACACCCACACUCCUCAGGAACUGAGAGACAUCCCCCUCAUCACAACACCCGAUGAGGAGCCCCUCUCUGAG